CACAAUAUUAAUUCAGAUUAAUUGGUUCCAUAAUGGAAUAACUCCCAUCCGUGUUCAAUUAUGCUGAACACAAUGAAGGUCUGAUGUGUGUGUGUUUUCUCUGCAGGACCGAUGCAGGAGACCGUCAUUGACUUCUGGAGGAUGGUGUGGCAGGAAAACACGGCAACCAUCGUCAUGGUGACCAACCUGGUGGAAGUUGGCAGGGUGAAAUGCUGUAAAUACUGGCCGGACGACACCGAGAUCUACCGAGACAUCAAGGUGACGCUGAUCGAAACGCAGCUUCUGUCCGAAUACGUGAUCAGAACGUUUGCGGUGGAGAAGCGAGGAGCUCAUGAGAUUCGUGAGAUCAGCCAGUUCCAUUUCACCGGCUGGCCGGAUCACGGCGUCCCGUAUCACUCGACGGGUCUGCUGGGCUUCGUACGCAGGGUCAAGGCCAAAUCACCCACUAACGCCGGACCUAUCGUGGUCCACUGCAGCGCGGGGGCGGGGCGAACAGGCUGCUUCAUCGUGAUUGACAUCAUGCUGGACAUGGCGGAGCGGGAGGGCGUGGUCGACAUCUACAACUGCGUGAGGGAGCUGCGAUCGCGCAGGGUCAACAUGGUCCAGACCGAGUAUGUCUUUAUCCAUGAUGCCAUUUUGGAGGCGUGUCUCUGCGGCGACACCACCAUCCCAGCCAAUCAGCUUCGCUCUGUUUACUACGACAUGAACCGAUUGGACCCUCAGACCAACUCCAGUCCAAUCAAAGAGGAGUUCAGGACUCUGAACAUGGUGACGCCGACGCUGCGCGUGGAGGACUGCAGCAUCGCUCUGCUGCCGCGAAACCAUGAGAAGAACCGCUGCAUGGACGUCCUUCCUCCCGACCGCUGCCUGCCCUUCCUCAUCACCAUCGACGGCGAGAGCAGCAACUACAUCAACGCCGCGCUCAUGGAUAGCUACAAGCAGCCGUCCGCGUUCAUCGUUACCCAGCAUCCUUUGCCGAACACGGUGAAGGAUUUCUGGAGGCUGGUUCUGGACUAUCACUGCACGUCUAUCGUCAUGCUGAACGACGUGGAUCCCGCUCAGUUGUGUCCACAGUACUGGCCAGAGAACGGUGUCCAUCGUCACGGUCCGCUGCAGGUGGAGUUUGUGUCCGCUGAUCUGGAGGAGGACAUCAUCAGCAGGAUCUUCCGCAUAUACAACGCUGCACGGCCGCAGGACGGGUACCGGAUGGUGCAGCAGUUCCAGUUUCUGGGCUGGCCGAUGUACCGCGACACGCCCGUGUCCAAACGCUCUUUCCUCAAGCUCAUCCAUCAGGUGGACAAAUGGCAGGAGGAGUAUGACGGAGGAGAGGGACGCACGGUCGUACACUGCCUGAACGGCGGCGGUCGCAGCGGGACGUUUUGUGCCAUCAGUAUCGUCAGUGAAAUGCUGCGACACCAGCGUUCUGUUGACGUGUUUCAUGCCGUCAAAACACUGCGCAACAACAAGCCCAACAUGGUGGAUCUUCUGGAUCAGUACAAGUUCUGCUAUGAAGUGGCGUUGGAGUAUCUAAACACAGGCUAACGGCUCCGAACUCCAGCAGAGACUGUGUGUGUGUGUGUGUGUGUGUGUGUGUGUGUGUGUGUGUGUGUGUGUGUGUACAGUCCGCUUGUAUAUCUUUAAAAUGAAAACUUCAUCAAGACUGUGAAGAGCAGAUUCAACUCCUGCCUCCGUUUCCCGCUGAAUCCAGUCUGACGUCUCCUGCUCUCAAGCGCUUCGCUCCAGACUUAUUUCUGUCUUGUUUUCCAGCACAAAUAUCUAAACAUUCUUAAAUCAAGAUACAUUUACUGGAGAAGAGAAAUGACUGAAGAUAUUAAAGUCGUCCUGAAAGGGAAGUUGCGCUCGUCUUUUCUUCUCUAUUGUGCGGUAUAUACGAGUGAAACGCUUCACAAACAAGAACAAAUGUAGGGCGGGGCUUGAUUUUGAUUAGAUGGUUGUGGUUUGCUACUGGUGGAUCUCAUGUGAGUGACAGGUUGCCCCGCCCUCAUCAUCAGAGAAGAGGAGAGAUGUCAAAACAGGAUUUAAUAUCUUCAGUCAUUUUGCUCCUCCAGUAAAUGUAUCUUGAUUUAAGAAUGUUUAGAUAUUUGUGCUGGAAAACAAGACAGAAACACUGAGGAAGAAGUGUUUUAUGUUCUUAUUGGCCAGUGCUGAUCCACCAGAAUGAAGUGUCGUUUGUUUGCACACACUGUCUGCGAUUCACUAAAGGACUCACAAAAUUACCACUGAACGCAAAGUUUCAAUUCUGAGGAUCCUCAUGAAUAUGUCACAGUCUGUAAUGAGCCUAAUUUACAUAUUAAUGAGGCAUGUUUGUGCUGAACAGAAUGACGGUGAUUCACUGAAAUCCUCCUGCUGGUUAAACUGGAAGAAAUAACGCAGAAAUAACACACGCGCAAGUGUUUGAGUGAUAUUUUGUUGUGUAAAUUGUAUAACAUAUGAAAACAUCAUAACAUAUGAAGAAAUGACGUCAUGGAUCCAAAGCUUCCCAUCGCUCAUUCUUUACGCAUCUUUUCUUUUCGUCUUAUUGUUUGCACAUGUAUUUUUAAUAUUGUUUGUUUAUACUGUAAAUAUUUGAGGUGUGCUGUGAUAUUUAUUCAGGACAAUCAUCUUGUAUUGAGUUCAUAUUGUACAUGAUCAAAUAUAUUGUAUGGAUCAACAAAUGUCUGCCUGUUCAUAACUCGCUACAGUCUUUUAUUUCUACUAUUUUAUCCAUUUUUCAUAAUAAAAAUACAGCUUUUCAUUGCUA